CAUCGCAAAGGCGCAAACAAUCAACACCACACACAAAGGUGCAAAAGAGGACCAUGGACCAUCGCAGGCCGAUGUUAGGGAGCUGGCUCUCCCUGCUCCUUCUCCUCGCACCAAUAAACGCUCUUUCCAUCUCCCGUUCUUUUCCAGCCGCGACUUUCGAUGCAAAACACAACCGGAUUGUGUUUGCAGGCGGCGCUUCUUCAACGUCUAACGUCACGGCCGACGUCUUUGCCAUCAAUUUGGAAGCCUUCAAUCGGUCGGAUGUCCAAGUCACAUCCUUGGGACAGUUAGCUUCACCCGUGGCUGAUGCUACACUAGUUCAUACCGGCGACGGCACACUCCAGCUCAUUGGCGGUACGACCAAUAACUGUGCAGGCAAAGUACAGACGCAGCAGUUCAAUGUCUCGAGCGAUUCAUGGAACAUAAUUCAAAUGACAGGUACUGUGCCGACCAUAGCAAGGACAGGUGCUCGUGCUGCUUAUAUUAAUGGCCAAGUCUUGUACUUUGGUGGCCGCUCAGUCUCCGGCUGCUCGUCGAGCCAGUACUACUACAACACAUUGUACACCAUCAAUUCAAAGACAAAUAACUGGACCAGCUUGCAGGAUGCGAGUCCGCCCAUUGCACAGGCAGACAUGUCAUUGACGCCCUUAAGCGAUGGAUCCUUUCUGCUAGUUGGAGGUGAAUCUGCCGGUUCAGGAGGUAAGGCCUCUUGGGUCGGCAUGUCGCAGUAUGCGCUUUAUGGCGCCAAUAGCUCUGCAUGGUCCUACCUGUCGCCAUCAGUCGGCUCUCUUUCCGUAACUGCACGCUCAGGACACUCUGCUGCAUUCAACGGCUCGCAUACAUUUAUUUACGGUGGCUCAGUCGGUGCUGCAGCAAGCACACCUAGUUUUAUCAGCAUCAAGCUACAAGAUGGUGCGUUGCAGAUUGCCGAGGUGAAACCAGCUGGACUGGAUUUCGCCCCACCGAGCGGAUUGUAUGGCCAUGCAGCUGUCAUGACUACCAACUCCAUCAUGGUCAUGGCCUUCGGUAUGGUGGGAUCUGCCAACAGUACAACCUUCAACAAUCAAAUUUACUUGUAUGACACUGUCGCCAAUACGUGGCUGAAUAGCUACGACCCCACAGCCAAUCCAAGCAAGAACAAUAACAUGGGUUUACCCAUAGCAGCUGUGGCAGGCAUCAUCUCAGGCAUCGGCAUUCUCGUCAUUGCAUGUGGCGUCCUUGCACUCUUUUGUCUCCGGCGCCGUAAGCAGCGACAACACCAAGUGCCAUUCCCACGACUCGAUUCAUACGCGUCUGAAGCGGGAUACAGCUACCAGGGCAAAGAAAUGGCGUUCAGGCCAGCGGAUAUGCGACAAGACGCGAUGCGAGCAGUAUCAUUACCACCCUGGGCAGCGCUACAUGCGUGUCGUGCACGUUCUGCUUCACCCACAGGUGGUUCAGAUAAGGACCAUUCCAUCAAUCAAGUAUUGGAUGGCUACACAGAUGAGCAAGCUGAGUACAACGUUCAAGAUCGAAUGGUCCAAAUAGCGAUGCCAGCGUCCCCGAGAUUCCUGACUUUCACUGCACCGAAACUGCAAUUGAGAGUCGUCAACCCAAGCAUCGAAUCUGGUCGCUCGUCAUUGGAUUUGAGCUACCCAGAAAUGGUUGAGAUUGGAGAAGAUGGUACUGGGCGAGCUAUUCCUUUGUCUAUUACUGAUGAAGAUGAUCUUGAGCAUUUGCGAAUCACACUGGCAACGACACCCAUCAUCAGCGACUCUGUUGAAGACUUCCAAAACCAAUUAGCUGGGCUAGGCUUAGUGCUUCGGGAGGAAGAUGUAUUGGAGCCUUCUACGGGUACCCUUCGUCGUGUCAGAACGCUUUCUAAAAAGUCAAAAGUGCCGCCUAGUUCAACUCCGCCACCGUCUCUACCAGCAUUACCACCGUUCCGCAGGAGUUCUCGAGCACCUCGUUUAUCUGUGGUGUCUACAACAAGCGGGCUUGGUCUUGAAUCUGUCAUUGAUCAAGUGAUGUCCCCUGCGCAAAAGAUGCCGCUGACGCCCUUCACCGAGCGUUCCUCACCAGGAUUGAGUUAUUCGCCCUACCUCGAUUCACCGCGACUCUCUGACCGCGCGCCUUCCCCGACACACCCACAACGAUCACCGAGCAAUGCAAGCAGUCGUCGCUCAGAGGACUUGCUAAGGUACAUCACCUCCCCUUCACCUGAUCUCAGCUUAAAGUCACCCGGCGGACAAGGUGACACUCCAAGUCGCAUGUCAUCCAUGCACUCCCAGACUUACACCUAUACACCUAAUAGCCCACGUGCUGCUUCACCACCACCACAACAUCGCGGUCGCAGUCCUGCACGACGUCCGGAAAUGUCACCGAGCGGCCAAUCUGCCGUUUCAAUCUUUUCGGAUGAUGCGUCGUUGUUGCCUAAAUUUGAACCGACUGCUGUGCCUUCGACAACACUGCAGACGUGGAUGCGGCAAGGGGUCAAUAGCCGCGGGACAUCGUUUCGAUAUCCUGCUCGGCCUGUCACUUGAUGACAGCUGACUGGCACCUUUCCAAUACACCCUGUCUCAGACUCUCAGUACAGUUGGCCUUUCCACCUGAGCAGAUGAUACGAGCCGCUGGCCCGAUCUUGAAUCUUGAUUCUUGGAUUCUUGGGCACUACGAUCGGCCUUAUUAUUCCCGUCUUGGCCCAUCCGGCGGUUAUUUGUUGCCGGCGCACCAAGGAUUGAUGUCGGCGCACUUCGAAGAUUUCGGCGCGAGAUCUUGAACAGACUUCUUGUCUCUAGUCCUUUCCUCUAUUUUCCUAAUCUAAAUACUAGUUGUAUCUCAUUUUAUAAUAGCUAGCGGCAUGUCUAUAGCAUCCAUCUCAUGUCAUCUCCUCUGCUGAAGCUUCUACG